AUGACUGGUUAUGGAGUCAUUAGAAGAAUCCACAAUGCUCACCUGAUCAACCUCUGCAGACCCAGUGAGACCCAGGGCCUGGAGGAGGUCUGCCUCUCCUCCCAUCCUCCAGUGCCUGGCAAUUGGAAGGAGGCUCCCGAUGCUCCUGAGUAUCCCCAGUACUCUCGAGAGCUCUUCGAGUUUCCACUCCUCCUCCAUUACCACCAGUCACCUCAUCAAGCAAAUCUGGUGAGGGCUCCAAGUAGCCAAGAGGAAGAGAGUAGUGCCUCAGAGGCAGGGCCUGACCCCAAGAAUCUGCCCACAGAUGCUCUAAAUGAAAAUGUGCCUUUGUGGGUGAAUUUCUUGACUCGGUAUCAAAUGAAAGAAUCAAUAACCAAGAAAGGUAUGUUGAAGAUUGUCAGCAAAGAGUACAAAGAUCAUUUCCUUGAGAUCUUCCUGAGAGCCUCUGUGUGCAUGGAGAUCAUCUUUGGCCUUGAUAUGAAUCAAGUGGAUCCCGGCAACCACUGCUGUGCCGUCCUCAUCAGGAUGGGCCUCGCCUAUGAUGGGGUACUGCACAGUGAAAAGGGCAUGCCCGAGACCGGCAUCCUGAUAUUUAUCCUGGGUGCAAUCUUCAUGAAGGGCAACCAGGCCACCGAAGGGGAAGUCUGGGAAGUUCUGAGUAUGAUGGGGUUAUAUUCUGGGAGGAAGCACUGCAUCUUUGAGGAGCCCAGGAAGCUCAUCACUGAAUAUUUUGUGGAGAAGAAAUACCUGAAGUACCAGCAGGUGGCCAACAGUGACCCUGCACAAUUUUAAUUCCUGUGGGGCCCGAGAGCCCACGCUGAAACCAUCAAGAUGCAAGUCCUUGAGUUUCUGGCCAAGGCUCAUGGGACUGAUCCAAGUUCCUUCCCAUCUCAGCAUGAGGAGGUGUUGCAAGACGAAGAAGAGAGAGCCCGAGCCAGAAUUUCGGCCAGGGCUGUCUCAAUGUCCAUGACCACUGACAGUUAUAAGGCCAUGCCUAGCAGCUCCUCCCACACCUGGGAAGUCAGGGAUAGUUUCCUCAUGCACUGUUUGAAGACGCAGUUCGUAUUCAUAGAAUUUAGGUCUGAGAUGGGGCUGAAAGGAACACAUUUUCAAAAUGUCUUUGUGUUGGUUUUGGCUCAGUCUUCCAACCUGGUGAUUGUUCUAACUCUUGUAACUGUCAGCUACCAGCAUCAGCACCUCAGUGUGGUCAGCUGCAAGCUCAAUCAGUUUGCCUUCUACUCCUUCUUUUAUAUCAUUGAUAAAAUGCUGAACAGUGCUAGGGUGUGGCUUCUCGGAGUCCCAAAGAUGUGCAAAGAGCUCAGCAAACUCAAGAAACCCGGAUGCCCGACGAUUCCAGAGGACUGCUCUUGUGCCCACGGUCCCAGAAUUGAACCGACGUGUGCCUGCCGGCCUCCACCUCCGCCCGCCCGGGGCCACGGCUUUCCCUAG